CGAAACAGAUUAAGUACGAAUUGAACGUGUCGAGUUCAUGCGAAUUAAUUGUGUGCAGUCCAGUUAAGCUUCGUAAAAUAUAUUUUAAACACAGUUAAAUAUUGUGCACAGCGCUUAAUAGUUUUGUUUACUCAAAGUUUCGAUAAUUUGGUAAAUAUUUUUGUUGGUACUAAGUUGUGACGUGCAAAAUGUAUGAUAAAAAAAAGUACUCACAUCAGUCAAUUGAAAAGUGUCAUUUCAAAGCAAAUCUAAUCAAGAUUGGCGAAAAUGUGAAUUUAAAUAGUGGAAAAAUGAGCGCCUUAAAUCAUAGUACUGAAGAUGUUGCCGAAUGUCCAUUAUGCAUGGAGCCUUUGGAGGUUGAUGACCUCAAUUUUUACCCAUGCACAUGUGGGUAUCAGAUAUGUAGAUUUUGCUGGCACCGAAUUCGUACUGACGAAAAUGAAUUAUGCCCAGCAUGUAGAAAGGCAUAUCCCGAAAAUCCGGCUGACUUCACUCCCCUCACUCAGGAGGAGAUGAUAGCCUUUAAGUCGCAAAAGCGGCAACGUGAUCAACAAAGACGUCAAAAAAUUACUGAGAACCGAAAACAUUUAGCUAAUGUUAGAGUCGUUCAAAAGAAUUUAGUUUUUGUUGUUGGUUUGCCACCAAGACUAGCGGAUGCGGAUAUCCUAAAAAAGCAUGAAUACUUUGGGAAAUAUGGUAAAAUCCAUAAAGUCGUGAUAAAUCCUAGUACUACAUAUGCAGGCGUGCAGGGUCCAUCUGCGUCGGCUUACGUGACGUAUGUUCAUAAUAGUGAUGCUUUAAGAGCAAUACAGAGUGUUAAUAAUAUUAUGAUUGAUGGACGGUUAAUAAAAACCAGUUUAGGUACGACAAAGUAUUGCAGUCAUUUUAUGAAAAAUCAGCAAUGUCCCAAGAGCGAUUGUAUGUAUUUACAUGAGCUAGGUGAUUCGGAAGCAAGUUUUACAAAAGAGGAAAUGCAUCAAGGAAAACAUCAGGAAUAUGAGAAACGUUUACAUGAUACAUUAAUUGCAACAUCUGGAUUCAACGGUACUAGUGUCAAUCAAACACAUUCAAAUAAUUCGUCGGUUAAUGUAGUAAAUAGCACAUCCCAAACAAAUAAUUUCUUUAAAAAUGGUGAUACUAAGACAAUAAAUAACACCAGCCCUACGUCUGGAAUGUUAAUAGCAUCAUCUUCAGCAGCGGCAACAUCGUCUCUUUCCUCUGGGACCACGAAUAGCGCAUCGGGAAUGGUUGUAAAUAUUACUGGUGGAAUUCAACAAAAGGAGGCAUGGCCUAGUCUGUCAAUUUCCCCAGUAAAUAAGGACCUUGGCAGUAGUGGGCCUGCUAUCAAUAAUUGUAAAACUAAAAAAGAUAAAACAAAAUUCGAAAAAUCCAAAAAUGAAAAGUUUAAAACAAAAAAUAGUAAAAAUAAUCCAAAUUCAAACAAACAAAACAAUGGUAUAACAAAUGAAACAAAUACAAAUGUGCCUAAUGAGUCGAAAGAAAAGAACACAACGCCUGAAUUAGAUAUAGCAACCACAAACUAUGAAAACUCUGGGGAAUUAAAUAAAGUUCAAACGGAAAAAAUUAAAGAAAAAGGUCACUGUGAGAAGUCAAAUUCUUCAAAUCGCAUCGGAAAAGAUAGUAAUAUAACGCAACAAAAGAGCAAGCACGUCGUUAGUGCUGACAGUGAAAUAAAGUUAAUAGAGAAUGAGAAAAAAAUUAUUGACAAUAAAUGUGAUAAAAACUUAGCAAUUAGCAAACGAAACAAAGAGAAUGUCUCUGUUAGCGAUGAACAGCGAUCUUCGAGUUCAAGCAGUAACAUGAGUAGUGAAUCUAGUAAUAAUAGCGAUAUUGCAUCCACACAAAUAGGUGUUUCUAGUAGAAAGAGUUCCCCAGCAAAUAUUCUAGAUUCUAAUUGCUUCGGUAUAAGCAAAGAAUUGUUGAAUGAGAGCGAAUCUAACACAGUGCAGAAAAGUAUAGACAUCAAGAAUCCCACAUUAAAAGCUUCAAAUAUAAAUAAAACUUAUGAAAACCAGUUGCCUAUAGAAAAUCAAAUCAAUGAGGGUGAUACUGGACUCAUUCAACAUACAAAUACGGAUGGAAUUGGUUCAAAAUCACCCUCAUUUUUAUCAGCAGAUAAAGAACAGUUAUGUAAAAAAACUGUUGCUGAAACUACAGCUUCACUUUCAAAACUUGAUAUGUUUGAUGACACAAACAGCUUCUUCUCUUCACCCGGACCAUCGUUUCAACAAUCUUUGCUUCUUCGAAACAAAGUUACCAAUGAUAUUAGACAACAUAAUCAUGGAACGUCGCAACUACCUGAUUUAUUAAACGGAAUCGAUGGAUUUUCUAACAAGCCAAUAAAUUCCAGUGAGUGGGAAGAAGCUUUUAAAAAUAUCAUGGCAAGAAAUGGAAAAAUUGAUGACCAAUUACAACAUCAACUUCAACAACGGGAACAUUUUCCACAAGCUCAGUAUCAACAAGAUGAUGAACUCUUCCGCAUGCAUGAGUUUCAUAAGAAAAAUAUGUUCAAUAAUGGCGUUCGUGGACCAAAUAAUGAAUUUACUAACUCCAGUAAUUUUACUGGCAAUAUCGACCCUGGUCGAACUACACAACCAAAAUAUCUUCCAUCACAAAGUGCACUUUCUCAAUCGGACCAUCCGUCAGAGCAAUCGAGUAAUGCUCUGUUUGGCAAUACAAAUAUGUCGAAAUUUUUCGACUUUCAUAAAAAUCAACAACAGAUACACCAGCAAUUUGGCAUUAACGCAAAUGGAUUGGGAACACUGAAUGAACAGUUGCGUAUUGCAUCAUUAAUUGAAAAUAAUCGGAUUAAUUCACAAUUUUUAGAUCAGACACCAAAUAGCCUUAUGUUGCAUCAACAACAACAAUUACAAAAGCAGCGAUUAAACAGCAAAUAUGAUGCCUUGCAAUCACAACAAAGUUCAGGCCAAAGUCAACAAACUCCGCAAAAUUGUUUAUCAAUCCAAUUUCCACCGAAUAAUUCGGUUGACGAUGAUUUAGGUUUCGAUCCAUUUAUUGAAACCCAGAAAGGACUAGCCGAGUUAAUGGAGAAUGAAUUACAACAAAACACUUGUGCUGUUGGCAGAAGCACUACACCAUCAGUGACUUCAAAGAUGGCACAUCAGCAACAAAUUAGUCAACAAUAUUUCGACAAUAUGCAACGGGCCCGUAUGCCUCCACCUGGGUUUAAUCAUAUGAACGCAUUUGGAUUUGGAAUGACUCGCCCUCAAAAUGCAAAUAAAAUGUCACCAUAUAUGCCUGGCGGUCUAACAACUCCAUCAAAUAAUCAACCACCACAGAAUCAGCAACAAUUACAGGUAGGAAAUUCGUGGAAUCCACGCAUGGCAUCGUAUCCACAGCAGUCAUUAAAUGAUCAUCGCGUUCACCAGAUUUCUCAGAAUCAGAACCACAACAAUGGUAAUCUUAACAAAGUACCUUACAGCAACAACGACUGGACUGCUAUGGAUCCAGCAAUUCUUUCAUUCCGUCAAUUUUCAUCGUAUCCACAACAACAACAGCAGCAAGCUUCGCAUCAUCAGCAUCAAGAUGUUUAUAUGCAGCAGCUAACUAAUCAACAACAUAAUCACCAAAAUUUUGGUAAUCAACCACAACUCCUUGGUGGAAUGAAUAUGCCUAAUCCACUGCUUAAUCCAUCGUCAUCCCAAACUCAAGUUAAUGCCAAUGUUCAAGGGAUGUUGGAGUAUCUCAAAAAUCGUCAAUUUAUGUAAUCACAACUAAAGUUCUUAUUAUAACAUCAAAAUUAAACUCAAGUAUAUUAUGAGUAAAAUAUAUGUACAUACAGAUAGAAAUAAAUAAAUGAACUAAACAAAUUAAAAGAUAUCUCCAAAUUUACAAUAAUAUGCUAUAUUUUUUAUAGCUCUUAAAUACAAAUAGCUAAAUACACGCCUGCACAUAAAACAAGCCAAAGAAAUUAUAAAAUUCUCUUGGCAACUUUAAGCAUGUACUUUAAUAUAACUUAUACAAAUU